CAGACAGAGACAGACCGAGGUUGAGAGGUCUGGUUUUGCUUUGGAGAGUCUGGUUUCUGCCUGUUUCAGGAAUUGGGUUUGGUUCUGUUAUCUUUGUUAAGACUAACAGAUGAUGGUGGGACCUUCAGCUCAAUAUUUAUCCCUUCUACUGCUGCUUUUACUACCCAGCUGCGUGGCUAACCAUGUUUUUCUGGACAGUCAUAAAGCUUCAGAGAUUUUGGUACGAAACCGACGAGCCAACCAACUGUUUGAGGAGGUGAAACCAGGGAACCUGGAGAGAGAGUGUAUUGAGGAGAUCUGCGACCAUGAAGAAGCCAGAGAGGUGUUUGAACAGACAGACAAAACGGAAGCCUUCUGGGAGAAAUACCUGAGUUGUAAUGCUCGCGAGCUGUCUAGGACACGGGACAACAUCGAUCUGGUCAGAGAAUGUACUGAAGGCCAGUGCUCAGCAGGUACAGGAGUGAACUACCUGGGUAACAUCAACGUCACUGUGUCGGGCAGAAUAUGUCAGUUCUGGAGCAGUAACUUCCCUCAUCCUGUCAUAAGAGAGUUUAACUCGUCGGAGCCCGGCAGCAUCCUGAAGGAGAACUUCUGUCGUAAUCCUGAUGGAAAUCCGUCUGGACCCUGGUGCUUCACCAGAGACCCCACCCGGCAGAAAGAGGCCUGCAGCGUUCCCAAAUGUGGGGAAGAGUUUGUCCCGCCCACCUUCGCUUCUGAACAAGCUGUCUCUACCAAGCAGUGUUUGACCAACAAAGGCGUGAACUACGCUGGCGACCUGUCAGUCACGCUCCAAGGCCACACCUGCUUGGAGUGGGCGUUGCCAAAGUUGGUUGCCCUCAGCAGAGAUAAGGACUUUCUUCCUGAGGUGAAGUUGACGGGCAACAAGUGUCGUAACCCUGACAACGACCCCGAGGGUCCUUGGUGUUACGUGGAGAUCUCUGGCAAUGUGACAGUGGACUACUGUGACCUGGAGCCCUGUGAGGAGCCAAUAGAUGGGUCAUCUCAGGAGACUCAGACUCAGGAUCGGGAGAGAUCAGUCCUUUCUGGUCCCAGAGAACGCUUCUUCAAUCCAAAAACCUUUGGAACUGGAGAGCUCCUUUGUGGACAGCGCCCCCUGUUUGAGAAGGUGGGGAUGAAGGACUCCAAGGAAAAUGAACUGCUCGCGUCCUACAUAGCAGGUCGGAUUGUUGGAGGAGAUUCUGCGCAGGUGGCGUCAUCGCCAUGGCAGGUGAUGCUGUACAAGCGGAGCCCGCAGGAGCUGCUGUGUGGCGCCAGUCUGAUCAGUGAUGAGUGGGUCCUGACGGCUGCUCAUUGCAUCCUUUAUCCUCCGUGGCAGAAGAACUUCACCACGGCCGACAUUGUGGUGCGACUGGGGAAGCACAACAGGGCCCGGUUCGAGAAGCACACAGAGAAGAUCGUCCCGCUGGACAAGAUUAUCGUCCAUCCCAAGUACAACUGGAAAGUGAACCUGAACCGAGACAUCGCUCUGCUGCACAUGCAGCGACCCAUCACCUUCACCGACAACAUCCACCCCGUCUGCCUGCCCUCCCUGGAGGUGGUCAGGACGCUGAUGAUUGAAGGAUUCAAGGGCCGUGUGACCGGCUGGGGGAAUUUAAAGGAUGUUUGGACUUCAAAUGGCAAAAAUUUACCCACCGUCCUCCAGCAGAUCCAUCUGCCCAUUGUGGACCAGGGCACCUGCAAGGCCUCCACCUCCAUCCUCAUCACAGACAACAUGUUCUGCGCUGGUUAUAAGCCUGAGGAUGAACAGCGUGGUGAUGCAUGUGAGGGAGACAGCGGUGGACCAUUUGUGAUGAAGAAUCCGUUGGACCAGCGCUGGUACCAGAUCGGGAUUGUGUCGUGGGGUGAAGGCUGUGACCGAGACGGGAAGUUCGGCUUCUACACACACGUCUUCCGUCUGAGGAGGUGGAUGAGGAAGGUCAUCGAGAGGAGCCAAGCAGCUGACGACUAGAGCGCCUCGACAGCUUCCUGAUCCCUCUGUCCCAGCCAGGUGUCCAAAUAAAGCUUGUUCAAACCCAAA